AUGGCUGAAGGAAAAGUUAACCCCAUGAAAGAGAUCAAGGUCGACAAGUUGAUCCUGAACUGCUGCGUUGGUGAGAGUGGAGAUCGUUUGACCCGUGCCGCCCGUGUGUUGGAACAAUUGACCGGUCAACAACCAGUUUUCUCCAAAGCCCGAUACACUCUUCGUUCCUUCGGUAUCAGACGUAACGAAAAGAUUGCCGUUCACGUCACUGUCAGAGGAGAAAAGGCCCUUGAGAUUCUUGAGCGUGGAUUGAAGGUUAAGGAAUACGAACUUCUUCAACAAAAUUUCUCUGAAACCGGAAACUUUGGAUUCGGUAUUAACGAACACAUUGAUUUGGGUAUCAAGUACGAUCCCACCACCGGUAUCUACGGUAUGGAUUUCUUCGUCUGCCUAACAAGGCCAGGAAACCGUGUGUCCAAGAGAAAGGUCCGCAGAGCCCAUUUGGGAUACAGCCACAGAAUUGCCAAGGAGGAUGCCAUCAAGUGGUUCCAAGACAAAUUCGAGGGUGUUGUUUUGGCUAAGGCAAUCUAA